AGCAGGGUUAUCCACAUCCAUAUCUCCACAUGCACCACAUACACAACCACAUAACUGAUAAGGAAAAAUGGGUACAACAUCUAGUAGUUAGUGUGUCAUCUUCAAUUCUUAUUUUAUUCAUUGAAACCACAAUGAAUGCACUUAAACUUUGCAAAACUACUAGUUAUCAUUCAUCACUACUCUCUAAAUAUUCAAGUGAUGCUCAAAUAAAAAAUCUAAAUAAGUAUGCGAGUGUUAGAACUAGUACAAGAACACAUGACUUUGUAUUGAGAGCUAGUGUUGAUGGACAAGAAGAUAAACCGACCUCGGAGAGACGAAGCUUCUUGACCCUAGAAGAAGCCGGCAUGGUUGAAAUGUCCGGGUUGAGCUCUCAUGAAGGGUUUUUAUGUCGUUUAACGAUCUCGUCGCUAAAUCUUUUGAGAGUGAUAGGAGAGCAAGAAGGGUGUAGUAUUGAAGAACUAAAUGCAGGGAAGGUGUGUGAUUGGUUUCUGAAAGACAAACUCAAAAGAGAGCAGAACAUGGAUCCUGUUCUUCAAUGGGAUGAAUCUGAUUUCCUACUAUAAAAACAUUAUUUUGAUCCCCUAUUUCUACACUUGUAACAUAUGUUACAACAGCCUAUGAGUCAGUGAUACUUUUGUUAUUUGACAAAUUAUGUUGGCCGCGGUUAUUUAAAUGAUUAUCAUUUGAUCAUAGAA